CGUCACGCGUCACAUCACCUUUCUGUGAACGCGUCCAACGACACUCCUCAAGACAUCCCCUCCGUCAACAAAAACUAUUCAUCAUGGGUCGUAUGCACGCUCCUGGCAAGGGCAUUUCGUCCUCCGCCCUUCCUUACAAACGUUCCCCUCCUUCGUGGCUCAAGACCACUCCAGAUGAAGUCGUCGAGCACAUCAUGAAAUUGGCUCGCAAGGGUCUCACUCCUUCUCAAAUCGGUGUUACCCUCCGUGACUCGCAUGGUAUCCCUCAAGUGCGCUUCGUCACUGGUAACAAAAUCCUCCGUAUCCUCAAAUCCAACGCGUUGCCGUGCAUUUCUGCUACUGCAUCUCGUUUUGUACAUGCCUUUUGUUUGGGGAUAGGAGUGGCACCAUCCAUCCCAGAGGACCUUUGGCACCUCGUCAAAAAGGCGGUGGCCGUGCGCAAGCACCUUGAAGUCAACCGCAAAGACAAGGACUCCAAGUUCCGUCUUAUCUUGAUCGAGUCUCGUAUUCACCGUCUUGCUCGCUACUACAAGACAAAGCAGCAGCUCCCUCCUACAUUCAAGUAUGACUCUGCUACUGCUUCUACUUUGAUUGCGUGAACGGUAGUGGGCUUUGGCGUGUAGUGGCUGUUGGGGCAGAUUAUAUCUCUAUCAUUGUCGUACAAUCCCUUCACUGAUAUCACGCAAAAAAUAGGCUUAUGCAGAACUAUGUGCAAAUAUCCGUUCUCGUAAUCAAGGAGAUCAUAACCCCAGAGUUAAAGUUGUCCUUGGUAUAUCAUCUCUAUUACUCACCAGCUCUUACAUUGCCGACCAGCUAGUCGACGAACAUUUGGCGGUGUUAACGUUUAUCCCUGAGUGUUUUCAAACGCAGUUCUUCAAUUGAAUGUUGGCAGCCUAUACAAUCUUGAUGGAGCCGUCU